AAAAAAAACAUGAAUCUCUUAUGUAGGAUUAACUUAUUUUAUUUUUGGGUCUUUUAUCACCUGUUGCAAAUCCGAUUUUAAAAUUAAGUCCCAGUUUUUUAUUCACUCCAGUGAUUUUAUUCACUAAUAAAAUCUCCACGUAAACAUAUUAUUUGUAUUUCUAUAUAAACUCUUCCAGCGAGUGCUUUUUGAACACUGAAGCACAGCGCGAGUGUACUGAGCACAAGCAAAACCUUAAAUACCAUAGGAGACUGUGAAACACUCAUACAUAAAUAUUAAAUUGCUGCCUACAGACACUGCUAAGUGUGUAAUUUGUAAUUUGUUUUCUGUGUCUCUACCAGGUUUGCACAUCUUAAAUUUUGGUCCAUUCUCCUCUACAAAACUAGAUUUUGCUUUGAUCAGAUCAACUCAAUUUUUAUUAGUUUAGCGCAUUUAAGCAAUGAGGCAAUUCAAAGUGGUUUACAGGAUUAAAAGCAUAAUGUUGUACAGAAACAUAAAACCUUACAGUAGAGUAGCAAAAUAAAGAUAAGUAUAUUCAUCAAAAGUAAAACUUUGCCCCAGUCUCAAGUCCUUUGCACCCACUAGCAGGUUCCUAGAAGUUACUCCCCUGCAUUCAGCUCCAUCUAGCAAAACUGCUUAAGAUAAGUUCUGCACACAGGCCAAAAAGUUACUUUUGACUAUUGCACUUUUUCCCUUCGUGUGUUUGCUUAUGGCAAAAAUGUCACUUCCUAAUGUGUUGUUUAAUUUUCCCAUCUGCAGCUAAAUGUUGAUUUGCACCCAAAAGUGUAACUGUGAGUUUAUCCACACCCAUUGGCAUUCUCAUUGGCAGGUUUAUGAGGUGAGAAGGAGGAGUAAUCACAUAGAGAACAAAUAUAGGUAAGGUUAGACAGAGAUAGUCAAAGUGAGGGGAGACUCUUACAACCAAAAGCAAAAUGGCAAAUGGUAAUGGAAAUUCAUCUGUAAGUCAUCCAACAGGAUUGGAAAUGGCAGCAAAGCACAUACAGACAUUCUCACUGGUCAUCUACUGUGUGAUUAUAGUGGUUGGGACAGUGGGUAAUGGUCUGGUCAUCUAUGUGACCGGCUUCAAGAUGAGGAAAACUGUCAACUCUGUGUGGUUUCUCAACUUGGCUCUGGCCGAUUUCCUCUUCACAGCGUUCCUGGUGUUUACAGCAGUUUCUCUCUCUCAGCAGCACCACUGGCCUUUUGGACAGUCUAUGUGCAAACUCAACAACUUUGUGAGCUUGGUCAACAUGUUUGCCAGCGUCUUUUUUCUGACAGCUAUAAGUCUGGAUCGUUGCUUGUCCAUCUGGGUGGUGGUGUGGGCACAAAACAAGCGCACCGUUGACAAAGCUCAAGUGAUAAGUGCUCUAAUCUGGUUGGCUGCAGGCAUCUGUAGCACACCCUAUGCAUAUUUUCGUACUGUGGAAGACAUUCAGAAUCAGACAUACUGCAAGUAUCCUUCAACUAUGACAGAAAACAAACAAUGGACAUUGUAUAUAUUCCGCUUUGUUAUGGGCUUUCUCUUCCCGUUCUUGGCAAUAUUUUUCUCAUAUGUGGCCAUAGGGAUCCGUGCCAGGCGUCUGCAGAGAAUGAGGAAACAAAGAUGUCACCGGAUCAUUUUCUCAGUCAUUUUUGCAUUCUUUACCUGCUGGUUGCCUUUUCAUGUUUUGAGUUUCAUACAAUUAAAAUUCCAUAAUUACUCAGAUGUACAGAACAUUGUUCUUGUUGCAGGUCCUCUAACUGUAAGUCUUGCCUUCAUGAACAGCUGCUUGAACCCCAUCCUCUAUGUUUUCAUGUGCGAUGAGUUCCAGAAGACGCUCAAGCAGUCCAUUUGGUUGGUUCUAGAAAAUGCCCUUGCAGAGGACCACGUAUCAUUUGUUACGUUGUCUCGUUCAUUGUCAAGGACUCCCAGAAAGUCUGAUUCUACCGCCCCUGCUGAGGGGAAAGAAACUGAGACAUCGAUGAUCUUAACAAAACCAAAAAAAGAGAUCUGUACAAAGAAGUCCAUGAACACGGAGGAAAACAGCCACAAACUGAUUGAGAUGGUGGACUUUAAUAAAGGGCACUGACGUGAUCUGAGCAAAGCUUAUUUGUAGAGUAGUGUGAACACGUGCAAAAAAAUUCAAAGAAUAUUUUUGACGUCUGCUUGUUUUUCAUCAUUUAUCACUUAUCAUCAACAGGUGUUUUUGUACGUGGUUAUCGAGACAUCCUGACAUGUACAACAGAACGCCUGAUAAAAUCACACAGAACCCUCUCCCUUCCACAUUCAAUCAGCAAAUGUAACUGAAAGCCUGUGUAGGUGUCCUGCAGAAGUAUAUUGUACAUG